GCCGGGAGCCUCGGGACGGGCUUUGAAAUGCCGGGGCCCGGCUCGCGGAGGAUGAAAGACCGCCCGCGGGCAGCGCCUUUACUGCCUUUGUGCGGCGGGGGCGCGGGCCGAGCCGCAGGAGGGGGCGGGCCACACUCCCGGCGGCCGCCCACCAUCCACCUCCCGGGGGAUCGCUCAGCUUCUAGCGCCUCUGCUGUCCGCUUCGGGGUCCACGGCGCGCCGGGCCUCUGAGCGCGCACGCGGGAGUGACGGGGGCGGGGGCCGGGACCACCGAGGGCGCCGUCCCGGCCGGCGGAGGCGCUGGGGGUUCCCCGCGCGCCCACCCCCUGGAGUUCCCGGCUCCCGCCGCCGCUCGGGCCUGCAGGCGGGGCCGCGGCGCGCUGCAGCCCCCGGGCCGGGCCUGGGCGCACUCCGGCACCUCGGAAUGUGGGUGGGGACUCCUCUUUCAGGCGCCCCAGGCAUCGGAUUCAGGGCGGGGGCGCGUGGCGGCCGCCAGGAGCCCGGCUGCAGCGCCCGCCCCGCGGCCUCGCCUCCCCGCCGAGCCGCCAGCGCCCUGGGACGCGAUGAGGACGUGGGCUUGCCUGCUGCUCCUCGGCUGCGGAUACCUCGCCCAUGCCCUGGCCGAGGAGGCCGAGAUCCCCCGCGAGCUGAUCCAGCGGCUGGCGCAGAGUCAGAUCCACAGCAUCCGGGACCUGCAGCGGCUCCUGGACGUAGACUCCGGGCCGAGGAUGGUCUGGAGGCCCAUGUGAGCAUUCCGCGGGGCCAUGUGGCCCAGGACACCCCUGAGAAGCGGCCAGUGCCUGUCCGGAGGAAGAGAAGCAUCGAGGAGGCUGUCCCUGCUGUCUGCAAGACCAGGACAGUUAUUUACGAGAUACCUCGGAGCCAGGUCGACCCCACGUCUGCCAACUUCCUGAUCUGGCCGCCGUGCGUGGAGGUGAGGCGCUGCACGGGCUGCUGUAACGCCAGCAGUGUCCGCUGUCAGCCGUCACGCAUACAGCAGCGCAGCGUCAAGGUGGCCAAAGUGGAGUACAUCCGCAAGCGGCCGAAGCUUCGGGAGGUGCAGGUGCGGCUGGAGGAGCACCUGGAGUGCAGCUGCAGCAGCGCCAGUGCCGACUACCGGGAGGAAGAGGCAGAUGUGAGGUGAGGAUGGCCCAGCAGCCCUUUCCUGGGACACGGAUGUACACGGCGUGUUACAUUCCUGAACCUCCAGUGGACGGUGCUCACUGCACGGCGCGCUUUGUUCUCCUGUGAAAACUGUCCCAGCACGUCCCCUGGGGAACAAAGAACAGUGCCCAUUUGUUGGUGGGACGUCAGAGUGGGCAUUGUGGUGCCCGGUGGAACAGUGAGAGGCUUCCUUGUCAAAAGCACGAGUGAGCGCAAACAAAACUGAGUCACAGAACAGCUCGGUGGCUGCGGCGAGGCACGGCCGGCGGAGGGGCGGAGGCGGCGGCAGCUCUGCGAACUGGACAUGCAUCUAGGGCAGCCAGAGGUGCUUUUGCCAAGGACGCGGGGCUGCUUCUCAGAUGGACGACACAGAUGGACAGACAGACGGACGGAUGGAUGGAUGGAUGGAUGGACGGCGCCCAGGGCCCGCCAGACCAGGUCGAGCUGCGCCGUGUACACAGAGCCCUUCCUGAGAGCCUUAAGUGGAUUUUUUUUUACACCAUAAAGUGAUUAUUAAGCUUUCCUUUUUACUCUGCCUAGCUUUUUUCUUUUUUCUUUUUUUACAAAAUUCUCUCUCGGAUGACAUUCACACCAAUAACACGAGGCCGCCGUGGGGCAGCGGGAUGCAUCUUUCCUAGCAGGACACAGAUGAAUGAGAUGUAUUCAAAUAAACGUGGCAUACCCAGCUAUGCACCACUUCCCGAAUGUUUCCGCCUCUCUGUCUCACCCUCGGCCCUGCCAUCCGAGAGCCCACCUGCCGCCUGCGGGCACUCCCUGCUACCGCCACGUUUGGACAGAACUAAAUUCUUUAUCUUUUGGUAACAUGUUCUACGUUACAUGUACUCCAUGGAAUUGUGUGUGUGUUGUUUUGUUUUGUAAAGGUGAAUUUGUAUUUUUAUCUAAUAUUACCAGUUUUAUAUACCUGA